AUGCCACCCAAAUCCACCCUUACCCAGCGCGACGUCGAGGUCCUUGCAGCCGCCUUCCAGUGCCAGAAGACGACUGUUCUACAACACAAAUCCCAUUGCCAACUCCUAUCUCCUCACUUAUCACAUCCAAAUCUUGUUCUCGAGACGGACAGACUGACCACAACACCCUUCACACAGAUCGACUGGGACAAACUCGCCGUCAAGGUCGGCUACAAGAAUGCCCAAUCCGCUCGUGCCUGCUUCCAAGAGACCAAGAAGAGAAUGCGUGCCAUGAACGACAACGCCGACGACGAAAACGCGCAAACACCUCUCUUCCCCUCCGACUCCUCCUCCGCCACCCUCGCCGGCUCUUCUCCAAUCCAAAACACCGAUGACGGCGAAACCACCCUACCCCCAAAGAAGAAGUCCAAAGCCAGAGGCACAAAAGCAAAGAAACCCGUCAUCAGCACCCCAGAGACCGAAGAAGAUGUGCACAAUGCAAAGGCCAUUGCCGCAGGCAGAGCCAGAUAUGCUGCCGACAAACUUGCUGCCGAGGUCAAGAAGGAGGAGGUUGAUGAUGAAGAUGAGGAGCCUGUGGGUAUGAACAUUGAUUCUGGAGAGGAUGAGGGAUUGACUGCGUAUGAGUUGGUCAAGAACGAGGUUUUUGGCGAGGGCGUUGAGAUUUGA